AUUCCUCCCCCCCCCCCCCCACACCCCCCCCAAAGAAAACUGAAAUAGCGAGGAAGGGACGGGCUCGGCCUCUCUGCCCGAUUCCGCCUCCGACGACUCCGAGAUCCCGUCAGGCAUGGACGGGCUCCUGUCGAAGCUCCGCAGCCUGGACGCGUACCCCAAGGUGAACGAGGACUUCUACAGCCGCACCCUCUCCGGCGGCGUCAUCACGCUCGCCUCCUCCGUUAUCAUGCUCCUCCUCUUCGUCUCCGAGCUCCGAUUAUAUCUCCAUGCAGUUACUGAGACAACACUAAGGGUUGAUACUUCAAGGGGAGAAACACUUCGCAUAAAUUUUGAUGUCACCUUUCCAGCCCUUCAAUGUUCUAUAAUUAGCCUGGAUGCAAUGGACAUCAGUGGACAGGAGCACCUAGAUGUGAAACAUGAUGUAUUCAAGCAGCGAAUUGAUGCCCAUGGCAAUGUUAUUGCGACUAGGCAAGAUGCAGUUGGUGGGAUGAAGAUGGAAGCACCUCUACAACAUCAUGGUGGAAGGCUUGAACACAAUGAAACCUAUUGUGGCUCAUGUUAUGGUGCACAAGAAUCUGAUGGUCAAUGUUGUAACUCAUGUGAAGAUGUUCGUGAAGCCUAUAGGAAAAAAGGUUGGGGUGUAUCAAAUCCAGAUUUGCUUGACCAGUGCAAAAGGGAGGGCUUUCUUCAAAGUAUAAAGGAUGAAGAAGGCGAAGGAUGCAAUAUUUAUGGCUUCAUUGAAGUUAAUAAGGUUGCUGGGAAUUUCCAUUUUGCUCCAGGGAAAAGUUUCCAGCAGUCAAAUGUGCACGUCCAUGACUUGCUUCCGUUCCAGAAGGACAGCUUCAAUGUCAGCCAUAAAAUAAACAGACUAAGUUUUGGAGAAUACUUUCCUGGUGUUGUUAAUCCACUUGACGGGGCAAGUUGGGUACAGCAUUCAUCAUAUGGAAUGUACCAAUACUUCAUCAAGGUUGUCCCUACAGUCUACACUGACAUAAAUGAACACAUUAUUCUCUCUAAUCAGUUCUCUGUAACGGAACAUUUUAGAAGUGGUGAGAGUGGUCGGAUGCAGGCUCUUCCGGGUGUGUUCUUCUUUUAUGACCUUUCACCAAUCAAGGUCACAUUCACGGAACAACAUGUGUCAUUUUUACACUUUUUAACUAAUGUUUGCGCUAUUGUUGGAGGUGUGUUCACCGUUUCUGGAAUCAUAGAUUCAUUUGUAUACCAUAGUCAAAGAGCAAUCAAGAAGAAGAUGGAAAUCGGCAAAUUCAACUGAUGUUGCUUUCCCGAUUGCUGCAAUUAAGUAGCUCCUUUUGCAGCUCCAAGUUCCAGAAAUGGGUGAAUCAAUGCACAGUGGCUUUUGCUCUGGAACUCUUGGCACACUAGCAUAGUUUACAAACAAUUGCUCAUCAGAUAAGUCUUGGUGAGCUUUCCAACUUGCUUCCAGCAAAGAUACCAGCGAGCAAGAUGGCCAUCGUGUACACUUCGAUAUGUUAUUCACACAAGAAAAUGGAACAAUUCAGAAGUGCUCCAUUUUUGUACGCUCUAGUCUAACAAGAAAACAUUGUACUUCCGUGAGCUGCAGAGGUGUUCGUGUACUGUUGUAAAUUUGUGGUAGGGGGGAGCCUAUCUGUAUUAUUUUUCUUUUUCUUUUUUACAAUUAUUAUGUGUCUGUACCAGUUUUUUUUUCUGAGACAUAGCUUCGACAGGUAAAGAUUGAAAAAUAUAUUUAAAAAACAAUUUUCAAAGAAAGCAAGCUUAUCGUUGUAA